AUGCCUCAGAUAAUUGUUGCCAUCCAGUAUUUAACGAAAGUCUGGAUAUAUCCAUCCCACGACAACGUCUUUGAGCACCUCACUGCGGCAGACUUGCAAGCAGAUGACACAUUAGAGAAGCUCUUCUUCGAAGGUAGUCUUGAGAAGGAAGGCGCUCGUCUUUGGAAUGUGCACCGAGAAGAACGACAACGACGAGGUAGCAGCAACGACGAACAAGAAAUACAAGGCGACAAGAGCAUUACCGAAGACAAAGAUGUCCCUCGCGAAUUCCAGCUGCGAAUGCGACGGCCGCUGAUUCCUUGUUUCUUCAAGAUGGAAUCCCCCUAUCGUCAAGAUUUCGACGAAGACGAAGAAGAACUUGACGAAGAAGACGAAAUUCCCGACUCUGAUUCGUCCUCGUCUUCCAAAGCCAACGACAAACCAUCGGACACCGUCGGCUUCGAAGACACAAUUGUUAUCCUAGAUGACGAGUCAUGUGACAGCAGCAAACCAAGAGAUCCAGACACGCUAUCCGCGUCUUCAUCUUGUUCCUCGUCUUCUUCUGACGAGUCAGACGACAGCAGCAAACCAAGAGAAAAAGACACGCUAUCCUCGUCGUCAUCUUCUUCUUCCUCGUCCUCGUCCUCUUCUGGCUCCUCGUCAUCCGACACUGAAGAAGGAGAUCAUGACAUGAAGCGGCGCAAGAUGAACGAGUCAUCUGCUCCCAUCGGCAGCGACAGCGGUAAUGGAGUUGGGGAGCAGCCGUCGAGGCAACACGGGGGCGACCGCAACCCAUCCUCUGAUAGCAAAGAACAAGACGACAGUGGAGAGGGAAGCAGUCGACAGAGCGGCGGCACAUCAUCUUGUGAUGACAACAACAAGACGUCGGGCGUGAAGCGACGACGCAGUGGCUCUGACGAAGACAACACGAUUGUUGUGAACAAUGGCAGCAAUCCUUCAGACAAUGAUACUCGGCUCAAAGAACUCAUAGAUCACCAAGAGAAAGUCGCGGAGCACCAAGAGAAAGUCACAGAGCACCACUUGAGUGUCUUGAAGACACUACGGGGCUACAAUGAUCUGCAACUCAGCCACAAGCAACUACGAAGCCGCUAUGACCACCUACAGGGCAUUGAAGAUCGGCAAGCAAAGGAUAUUACGAAUAAGCGAAGAGAAAUUACCAGGCUGAAGGAUGAAUUGGAACGAGCAAACAAGCAGAUUCGGGAGCUCGAGACGGAUCUAAAACAGCAAAAAGAUACUAGUGAUUUGCUAUCCAAAAGGAACAGACUGCUUUCAAGGGACCACAGGAAUCUGACAGCGGAACACAAGAAAUUGCAGCGCGACCACGAUGGCCUCCAAUUAACCAAGAAUGAAUUGGUUGAAAACGAAUCAGGCACCUAG